AUGCGAACUAAAGGUCAGUCAUUCAAAAAUAACUUAGCCAGCACUAAUUACGACGUAAUCCUAUUAACAGAAACGUGGUUGACCAAUUCUUUUCACGACGCAGAGUUUUUUAGUAAUCAAUAUGCGGUAUUUCGAAAUGAUAGAAACUAUAAGGAGACGAAUUGCGAAAGAGGUGGCGGUGUACUCAUCGCUGUACGACUUGACCUAAAGGCCGAGCAAUUAGAAUUUGAGAGUAAGCAGAAUGAAAUGUGGGUCAAGUUCAAACUUAAAAACACUACUUACAUAAUUGGCGUAAUAUAUUUCAAACCUCAAUCGAACACGGAAAAAUACGAGUCAUUCCUUAAAAGUUUAGAAUCAAUCGAAAAUUUAUUGCUCACAUCCGAGGUACUACUUGCCGGUGAUUUCAAUAUUCCGGAAAUUAGUGAUGCAACGUAUAACCUUGAAAACGGGAGCUCUAAAGCCAAAGUAAUCAAAAAUCUCGCCUCCAUGUACAACUUAAGGUCCAUUAACACAAUUAAAAAUUCCGAUAACAGAACACUUGAUUUGAUUUUAACAAACAUAAAUGCUGAAAUCACAACGGCAUCUGAUCUGCUAGACAAAGUAAAUCCUCUCCAUCCAGCUCUUCAAGUAAUACAUCAAGCGGAAAGAAAGAUUAAUCAAACUAGGACAACAACUAACUACAACUUUAAAAAGGCAGAUUUUUACAAAAUGUAUUUACGAUUUCGCGACGCCAACUGGGAAUCCCUUACCCAAAUCGAUUACAAAUCUGUAAACGACGCGGUAACUACUUUUUAUGAAAUUGUAUACAAGAUUUUUGAUGAAUGCGUACCAAAAGUAACUAUCAGGAUCACAAACAAGUACCCCAUUUGGUUUGAUUUAGCUAUUAUCAAGAAAAUUAAAUUGAAGAAUAAACAUCGCACACGAGGCAAAUCGGAAGAAUUUAAGGAAGACCGAAAGGAACUCAAAAAAAUGAUCCGUGACGCUUAUAAGAAAUACAUUAGGAACAUUGAAGUUGACCUCCGGAGUAAUUCAAAUAAAUUCUGGGGCUACGUUAGGUCCUUGACAUCAACCAAACAACUGCCGGAAGUUUUCGAGUACAAAACCAUCCCGCUGGAAGAUCCCAAAAGCAUUGCCGACGCGUUUGCAUCGUACAAAGAGGAAAACCUGGAUCCGAACGAUGGGCUUGAGUCGGACUUAGUACAAUCCAAAUUGCACUUAACGAACAUACAGGAAAGUGAGUUACUAGAAUCAAUCAAAGUCCUAAAACCACGUGCAGCUAUAGGGGAAGACGGGAUCCCACCAUACGUAUUGAAAGGAUGCGCACACAGCCUGGGACAGGUAACUGGAGAAGGUGAGAGCGGUGUUACAACCGCCACUCCGGCAUUGUUAGAGCGCGAUUUACAAUCGCCACUCUAA